ACUAAUUAAUAGAGGGGUGUUGUUGUGGUGCUUCAGCGUGGCAGCCGGUGUUGUGUUUUGCCUUUUUUUUUUUACCUGAAUAGAUUUAUUUUAAUACCACAGAACUGUCAAAAUGUCCAGCAAAAAGGCUAAGGGAAAAACCACCAAAAAGCGCCCCCAGCGGGCCACGUCAAACGUGUUUGCCAUGUUCGACCAAUCACAGAUCCAGGAAUUCAAAGAAGCAUUCAACAUGAUCGAUCAGAACCGUGAUGGCUUCAUUGAUAAAGAGGAUCUGCAUGAUAUGUUGGCCUCAUUAGGUAAGAACCCCACAGAUGAAUACCUCGAGGCGAUGAUGAAUGAAGCUCCUGGUCCCAUAAACUUCACCAUGUUCCUCACAAUGUUUGGAGAGAAACUUAAUGGAACAGACCCUGAGGAUGUCAUCAAAAACGCCUUUGCUUGUUUUGAUGAGGAGGGGACAGGUUUUAUUCAGGAGGAUUACCUGAGGGAGCUCUUGACCACAAUGGGAGACAGGUUCACAGAUGAAGAAGUGGAUGAGCUGUUUAGAGAGGCUCCUAUUGACAAGAAAGGAAACUUCAACUAUGUGGAAUUCACACGCAUCCUGAAACACGGUGCUAAAGACAAGGAUGAUUAGAAUGAGGCCGAUCACCACCGAAAUGAAUGAAAACUACACUGUAAUACACAUUUCAUUGUCUCCUUUUCCCUACAUUCAUCAUCCCCACAUGGGCUAGUGCAAAGGAAUUUAUUCAUCAGCAAGGUGAGAUCAUUUGACUGUACUGGACCUUCUCUUAAAGUCUAUGUAGACUUGUACUAUGAAUUACAUAAAGACAUGUCAUCUGUGGUAAACCUCAAAGUGAAUGAAUGCUGUGUUGAGAAAUAAAUUAUGGAAUUAUUAUUAUUAUAUUACACACAUGCCAGUUUUAAGUCUAGAUGUCCUCUAAAGAAAAAUACCAAUUUUUUUUUUUUUUAGGUUUUAUCAUGAUGACUCCCUCUCCUUGGUCUUUAAAAACUGACUGACUGAAUUAUCAAAUUUAGCACUCUUACAAUGUAUUUAUAUUUUGAAAUAAUCAUUUAAAUCUAAUUUUCAAAUUGUUUGUCAGAAAUAAACAUCUCAGGAAAAUGUUAUGGGGUUUCAAAUCUGAAUUUUACUUUCUUUUACAAGACUUACAGCAUGUUUAUCAGGCAUUUUUGGAGACACAACAAGAAUAGGGAAAUAUAUUAUAUACCCAUAUGCCUAUGAAAUUUAAGGUCAUUAUGUCAAGAACAUAUUAAUAUGCAAAUUAGCAACAAUAUACAUUGUAUUGAUUGGGACUACCUAUUAAUAGCCAUUUCAUCUUCUAAAGAAUCAUAUUUUUUACAAAGUUUGGUUAAAAAUAGCCUGAAACCUAAAAAUGAAU